AGAGGAUGAGUCCCGGCGAGGCGGUGUGAGGUCCGCCCGUGGUGCAGCAGCAGCAGCAGCAUCCUGCCCAGGGACAGCAGCCCUCAGCAGUGCCUCCUGCUCACCCGCCGCAGCCGCUGGACCAGCUGCCUGUGUACAGGUGCCCGACCCUGCACGGAUGCACGGCAGAGCUGCUGCAAGUGUGCUGCUGAGUCCCUGAGCACGUCCCGGGGGUUUCACACCAGGGCUCUUCCCGACUGACUUGCUGGCUUGGGAAGAUCUGUGUUCUUUUUUUUUUUUUUUUUUUUUUUUCUUUUUCUUUUCAUUUUUUUCGUUUCCAUGCUCCUUCCUUGAGCAACUGGUUGUUAUCUGCAGAGGUCACGAAGGGGACCGGCACAGACUCCUGAGUCUGGCAUCAGGAAAUAUGACAGCAGAAGUAAAUGCUUGUUAACAUAAGGGAUUUACUGAAGAAGGAAGACAAAAUGCCUUUCAAAGGGUUCAGUUCACUGAAGGAAAGAUUUUUUAACCCAGGAAAGGAAGAGGUGAAGAACACCAUUAGUGACUCGCUGGGGAAUCUACGAAGGAAAAUCGAUGGCACCAAUGUAGAGGAGGAUCACAUUGAGCUGACAGAAGAGGGGCGGCCUGUGCAGGCCAGCACCCGCAGGCCGGCCCUGUGUAACUGCUACUGCUGCGGACUGCCCAAGCGCUACAUCAUUGCCAUCAUGAGUGGCCUGGGCUUUUGCAUUUCCUUCGGGAUUAGGUGCAACCUGGGUGUUGCCAUCGUAGAAAUGGUGAACAAUAGCACUGUUUAUGUCAAUGGUAAACCAGAGCUGCAGAAAGCCCAAUUCAAUUGGGAUCCAGAGACUGUGGGACUCAUACAUGGCUCUUUUUUCUGGGGUUACAUUGUAACACAAAUUCCAGGAGGGUUCAUCUCAAACAAAUUGGCUGCUAACAGGGUAUUUGGAGCAGCUAUUUUUCUAACAUCUACACUGAACAUGUUCAUCCCUUCUGCAGCAAGAGUGCAUUAUGGCUGUGUGAUGUUUGUAAGAAUUCUGCAAGGUCUGGUGGAGGGUGUCACCUACCCAGCCUGCCAUGGGAUGUGGAGUAAGUGGGCUCCUCCAUUGGAGAGAAGCAGGUUGGCAACCACAUCAUUCUGUGGGUCUUAUGCAGGUGCAGUGGUCGCCAUGCCAUUGGCAGGUGUGCUAGUACAAUAUAUAGGAUGGUCAUCAGUCUUUUAUAUUUAUGGAAUGUUUGGGAUAGUUUGGUACUUGUUCUGGCUGCUUCAUGCCUAUGAGAGCCCUGCUGCACAUCCAACAAUAACCAGUGAAGAAAGAAUAUAUAUAGAAACAAGUAUUGGAGAAGGAGCUAGCCUAGCUAGUGCAAACAAAUUUAGUACUCCCUGGAAAAGAUUUUUCACUUCAAUGCCAGUUUAUGCAAUCAUUGUGGCAAACUUUUGCAGAAGCUGGACCUUCUAUUUGCUCCUUAUAAGUCAGCCCGCUUACUUUGAAGAGGUCUUUGGAUUUGCAAUAAGCAAGGUUGGCCUUUUGUCUGCAGUUCCCCACAUGGUCAUGACAAUCAUCGUACCCAUUGGAGGGCAGCUAGCUGACUUCUUACGGAGCAGGAAGAUUUUAACCACUACCACUGUAAGGAAGGUCAUGAAUUGUGGAGGCUUUGGAAUGGAAGCAACCUUGCUUUUGGUGGUUGGUUAUUCUCAUACAAAAGGUGUGGCUAUUUCCUUUCUGGUGUUAGCAGUAGGUUUCAGUGGCUUUGCAAUUUCAGGAUUCAACGUGAAUCACUUGGACAUAGCCCCGCGUUAUGCCAGCAUUCUCAUGGGGAUCUCCAAUGGCGUGGGGACGCUGUCAGGCAUGGUGUGCCCACUCAUUGUUGGUGCAAUGACAAAACAUAAGACCCGUGAAGAAUGGCAAAACGUCUUUCUGAUUGCAGCCUUGGUGCACUACAGUGGAGUGAUAUUCUAUGCUAUCUUUGCUUCUGGGGAGAAGCAGGAAUGGGCUGACCCUGAAAAUCUCAAUGAAGAUAAAUGUGGCAUAAUUGAUCAAGAUGAACUGGCUGAAGAAACUGAGAUGAACAAUGAAACUUUUGUAAGUCCGAAGAAAAUGUAUGGUGCUACCAGUCAAAACACUGAAGUACAGAGAAGGGAAUGGAGAAAACAAAAGCAAAUAACUCAAGACAUGGAAGAACAGACUUCUUACCAUUAUGAAAAUAGAAAUUUUCAAGAUUUGUCAUAGUACUUGAAAUUGUAAGGUUUGUAUAGCAGUUACUCCCAUCUCCCCUUCUGCCUAGCUGCCCCAAAUCAUCUGGUAUCCAUAUUUAUUUUCUUAUUCAAUUGUGUAAAAUUGGCUUUGUGGCCAGACACAAGGAGUGGUAAUUCCCUUCUAACAGUGGCACUGAGAGAAGUGACACUAGGUCUUCACUCUGCCACUGGAUCCCUUUGGAAGAAGCUCCUGUGUCUGGUAGGGGAUGUACAGACCUGGUAAAGAUCCUUCCUGGUGGAAGCCUAUGACUGCGGGUACAAUGAGUGCCCUCACCUUCUCAUCUGAAUAGGGAACGGACAAGGUCAUAUCAAAUGGAGGAUCCACAGUGAUAUAUGUGGUUGUUGGGGCUCUAGCGGUGUGAGAAUUUGCCCUGAGGGACCCUGUUUUACCUUUUUAGGAUUGUUGUAGGUUGACAUUUGAGCUGCUUAACCCAUGUCAAACUGCAAGCUCAUGCUAAAAGAUCAAAGUGGAGGGAAAAAAAAAAGAUUUAUGACAUGAGGCUCUAAUUAAUUACUAAUAGUCAGUCAACAACAGGAGGAGGAACAUAUAGCAAAGAUAGCACAGUAUUGCUUUAACAGUUCCUUUAAAUUGAUCAUCAGCCUGCUUCAUAUGGAUAGUCCACAGGGUCUGGAUAAGGAGAUAAAAUGGAUACUUGUAAGAUUUGUCCCCCUCCAAAGAUUUUGUGCCGGCAUGAAAUAAUUUUGAAUACAAAAUCAUCAUUAGUGAUGCGAUAUUAUUAAUCCUUAUGAAAGGAAAUCAUCAUCCUGCUGGGAUUAGGUUUCUCACUCAAUUCAUUAUUGUGAAGUAAUUUAAAUAUAUUUUUCUAGUAUUAUAAUGAUAGAAUUCCUGAUGUCAACCCCAACAAUCUUUAUUUAGGCAAAUGAGCUUACACAAGUAAGGUCUUUAGUUCUAGAUCUGUAACUUUUUAUUCAUCUAUGCCACAGUCUCACUGUUGCUAUAAAUGAAGCACCGUACCAUCUAAGAAUUAACAGAAUAUCUGUGUCUAAAAGUAAUUUUAUUUUGCUAUAGGUAUGUGGUUUACAAUAUAACGUGGCUAUAACAUUUUCCUACAAGUUUAGAAUCAACCAGUGGAGCAUGCUGUGUCAUCACAAACAGUUAGCUGCAACUCAGAGACCCAUUGUGGCAUUAAUAUUCAUUUCAUAAUGGAGAAUUUCAGUAAGAUAUGAUUUAAAUUGUCUUACAUUAUUAUUAUUGCUUCAUUAAAUCAAGUGAAAGCGAUCCUGUCUAGUCUAUGAUGUGCUUUGUGAUAUUUCAUUAUUGUUGUUCUCAUGUACCGUAUACAGCCACUGUGAUGCACACAAGAUGAGAACAUUUCUAAUACUCAUUUUGCUGUUUUGUUGAAGCACAAUUGAAUACCAUGAGUGGAAUUACACUUGUACAUUCAUUUGAAUCUGUGGAUGAUUUAUUUUCCCUACAAAUGUAACUAAACACGGAGAUCAGGAAGUUAGUGAAUUCUCUUUAUAUGCCACUUGUUCAUUUCCUACCCAGCAAAAUCCAAUCUACAACAGUAUAUAUGGAUGAGAAGUAAAGUGAGGUGAAGGCAUGUCUAAUGUCAUUUCAGUGAGGAUUUUAAUUGGUAUUAUCAGAUAAUUUAAUUAUAUGAGCAUUGUUAUGGUACAGUGUAAUCCUACCUCGACACAAUGCAGUUUAUUAAUAAGCCUCUUCAUAUAGAUACUUAUUAAAAAUUUUACACAUCA